AUGGAUUGCAAAUGGAUGGCUCUUUGUGCUCAUAUGGGCAUAGAGGGUUUCUAUGUAGCGGUUCGAGGUAGUAUUGAAGAUCUUUCAGAACCCAAGGUCUUUUUUACUCAGAAGGCUGAAAAGUUUGCGAAGGAUAUCCUCAAUGUGGAGCCACAUCAUCUAGGCUUGAAACUCGAGUCUUUCAUUGUGAGCGGCCUCAAUCAACAUGCUGCUCCUCGUCAACGUCCUUUGAACAAACUGAUCAGUGAUUGCCGCACCAUGAUCCAGGAAGAACUCGAUUCAAUUUCCCUGGAAAACAACAUCAAGAGUUCUAUCAAGAUGAAUUAUACUAACUACGAGCGGAACAUAGUCGAACGCCGCAACUUCGUGCUUGUUGGCUGGCCAUUAGGUGGGCCAGUUCGAAAUCCCUCCAAGGGAUGGUAUAUACAAGGAAGCAAAAAAGAGCGCUCUAAAAUAAUGAAAUUUGAGGUAUAUUUUGUGGUCAUUGUGUGCAACGACGAGCACAAAGGUUUGGUCGUCGUGGGAAACAAGGAGGAAGCUUGGGAAAGUAGCGCUGUCACGUUACAGCAAAACUUCUCCAAACUCCAUUCCUCCCGCGUCCGCGUGCGACUUAGAACGACACUGAGUGCUGCGGAAAUCGCUGAAGUACUGCAGCAUAGGAUUUCCCCCCUAGAGCCUCAAGAAGCGUCACUUAUUUGCGGCUGGUACCGCACCGGAGACGUCGGCAUCAUCGAGAAUGGGAUCAUGCGCCUCAGCGGUCGCAUCAAGGACACCGUCAUCGUCCACGGUGUCUCGUACGGCAUCCCUGAGCUCGAGACUCACCUCCAGACCGUAGAAGGAGUGACUCACUCGUUCCUCGGUGCAGCUCUGUACCGUGCUCCUGGUCAGGAGACGGAAGGGUUCAUCAUUUUCUACUCGCCAACCUUCGACCUCGAUGGAGUAGACGCUUCGUCAAAGCUGUUCGCCACUCACCGGGCCCUUCGGGACAUCUGCUUGAAAAUGAUCACGCUGCCGCCUCAGUUCGUCGUUCCCAUCCCUGUGAACCAGAUGGAGAAGACCACUCUCGGUAAACUGUCUCGUGCACGUUUGAUCAGUCUGUUCAAGCAAGGCCAGCUCGCGAAGCACAUCGCUCGCUCGGAAGAGCUUCUGAGCGAGGCACGCGGCGCUACGUUCGUCGCGCCGUCAACGGAGACGGAGAAGGCGCUUUCCAAGAUAUAUGCUGGGAUCUUCAACCUCGCGGAAAGCGAGAUGCUUAAGCGCGAGGGAGAGGCACAUUUCGACCUUCCUGAGAUCCCCACCAUCCAGGUCCUUAAGCACCCCGUCAUCUCGAGCCUCGCCAACUAUGUCGACUCCCUGCUCUCCAAGGACAGUCAGACUGAAGAGCACGACCCUAUCGUUCCCCUUCAGCUGACCGGAAACAAAACUCCGAUCUUCUUCGUUCACCCCGGUGUCGGAGAGGUCCUGAUUUUCGUCAACCUCGCGAAAUACUUCCAGAACGAGCGUCCGUUCUACGCUCUCCGUGCUCGUGGCUUCGAGCCCGGCCACCCCUUCUUCACCUCUAUGGACGAGAUGGUGUCGUGCUACGCCGCAGCAGUCAAGAGGACCCAGGCGAUUGAACCAUACGCCAUCGCGGGCUACAGUUACGGCGGUGUCGUCGCGUUCGAGGUUGCCAAGCGACUCGAGGCGAUGGACGAGGAAGUCAAAUUUGUUGGUCUGAUCAACAUCCCUCCUCAUAUCGCGGACCGCAUGCACGAGAUCGACUGGACGGGCGGCAUGCUCAACUUGUCGUACUUCCUCGGUCUCGUGUCGAAGCAUGAUGCUAAUGAUCUCGCGCCCGCUCUGAGGCCGAUGACGAGGAAGGAGCAGCGCGAGGUUGUAUGGAAGUUGUCUCCUCCUGACCGUCUCGUCAAGCUCCAGCUGACUCCUGAGAAGCUGGAUCCCUGGGUGGCCAUCGCCGGAUCCCUGAUCGAGUGCGGGAAGGACUACAACCCAUCAGACUCAGUUUCUGCUACGGACGUUUUCUACGCCAUUCCUCUGCGCGGCAGCAAGUCAGACUGGCUCAACAACCAGCUCAAGCCAUGGUCUGGGUUCAGUCGUGGCGAGCCAUCAUAAGCGGACGUGCCAGGGCAACACUACAC